ACAUCGUGUGUCCGUGUAGCAUGCUGCUUGCUAACUGUUAUCCUUCAAGCAGAUGCGUGAGACUUUAUCAAGUGUAGGUUUUAGCAGAUGAAGAAAGUUAACAUGCAACGAGCCGGAUAAAACUUUAAAAAAAUGUUAAAUAUCGCCUCUUUGUCCGCGCGACACGUGAGUAAAAUAUCUGUUUUCAGGUUCUCGAUCGUUUCAGCAAGGACACCAGAAACACUCGCUCUGACAGGGGGUCCGAAUUCACCACAACACCGGUUCACUGGAGUUCUGUCACCGGCUCCAUGGUGGUUCUCGGUGGGACACGGCGUCAGGUUUGUGUCCCUGUCCGCCUCGUUUAGAGAAAAUGUGGACUCUGCCUCGGACGACCCUGACCAGGAAAACUUCGGCUUACUGUCCAAAGACAUCGCUUCCAGGAAGUUGUUCAAGAAAAGCAGCCCAGGUAUCCGAGACCAGCGACACCGAGAAGAUGCUGAUGAUGAUGAGGAGGAGGUGGAGGAGGUGGAUAAAACCAUCAGGAGACCUUCGAGGAGAAAUACUCCUUACUGGUACUUGUUACAAUGCAAGAAGCUGAUUAAAGCGAACAAGCUGCAGGAGGCUCUGGAGAUGUUCAGCAGAGACAUGCUGAAGGAGGAGAGGCUGCAGCCUGAGGAGUUCAACUACACUGUCCUGAUUGGAGGCUGUGGGCGAGCUGGACAACUCAAAAAGGCCUUCAAACUCUACAAUGAUUUGAAGAAACGAGGUCUGGAUCCUUCAGAUGCAACUUACACAGCACUGUUCAACGCCUGCGCAGAGUCGCCUUCCAAACAAGCCGGACUUGAGCAGGCGCUGAAGCUGGAACAGGAGCUCCGUCGCAAAAACUACCCCCUGAGCACCAUCACGUACCACGCUCUUCUCAAGACUCACGCCAUCACCAACCACCUCCAAGCCUGCAUUCACACGCUGAGGGAGAUGCUGCAGAAUGGACACACUGCAACUCAGGAGACGCUUCACUACCUGCUGAUGGGCUGCUUGAAGGACAAAGAUGUUGGUUUCAGGCUCGCUUUACAGGUGUGGCGCCAGAUGCUGCAGUCAGGGAUUGCUCCUGAUUUGCAGAAUUAUAAUCUGCUCUUAAGAACUGCCAGGGACUGUGGGAUCGGUGAUCCUGCUUUAGCCACAAGUAUUCUUCUGAAGUCUGACUGCGACGGGCGCAAAGAAACAAACAAGUCGUCAGGUGGCAGCUGCAGGGGGGUAGUAGACAUCGACCUUCUGGAGAGGCAGCUGCUUCUGCAGCAGGAUCCACACAGGGGCCGUCUUCAUCAAGACAGCAGACCCAGUGAGGGCGAAGAAUCCACCCAUCUCAUACCAGUCGGACAAAUAGAAACCCUCCCACUUCCUGUUGACCCAGCAGCUGAUUCUGCAGCACCCAACCUGCUGGACAUUUUUGAAGGAAAACGGUGCCCUGUGCUCUCACUCAGCGCCGUGGAUUCAGUGUCUGAUAGGCUGGCGAUCAUCGGCGGAGCAAAAGCUGUUCUGGACAAGAUGGAAGCUAACCAGCUCAAACCGGACCUCAGAACUCUGACGCUUCUGGCCGACACGAUGGAGCCAAGCUACCAGUCCCUGCAGUUGUUGUUAAAGGCUGCCAAACAGCACAGGGUCAAGCUCGAUGUUGCCUUUUUCAACUCGGUGAUUCGCAGAACAGCCAAAGCAAGCAGCAAUUUCGAAGAAGCAAAGGCUGUGCUCCGUGUGAUGCGACAGCGUAGUGUGAGUGUGAACAUGCAGACGUUCGGAAGUCUCGCUUUAGCCUGUGUUCGGUCUGAGGAUGGCAUUCAGCUGCUGAAAGACAUAGAGGAAGCAGGCCUGAAACCCAACAUCUACGUGUUCUCUACUCUGAUUGGCCGAGCAGCUAGAAGACUGGAUUACGUCUAUCUUAAAUCACUCCUGAUGAGCAUGAAAGAGAUGGAAGUGUGGCCCAAUGAGGUCAUAAUUAAGCAGCUGGAGUUUGCCGCGCAGUAUCCUCCCAACUACAACCAGUAUAAGUCGAGGAACAACUACCUGGUGCACAUAGAUGGUUUCCGUGGUUACUACCAGCAGUGGCUGAGAGACAUGCCUGCUCUGACUGCUGAGGAGGAGCGCUCGCAGCUGCAGUCUGAGUCAAACAGCGCUGUGCCGACGGUGGAUGUUGCAGAAUCCCAGAGGAACCAGAGAGCAGCAGCCAGGAGAUACAAGUCUCACCAUGGAAACAAGGAGCACCGAAACGUGUCGGCUCUGUAACAGCCAUGAAAGUGUCUGCAUGCCAUGGCUCUAUAUUGCCAAGUGGCUCAAGUACUUUUUUUCUUUAAAAAAAACAAUACAUUUUUGUAUUUUAUAAUAAACUU